AUGGGCUAUAAACACCAAUUUAAAGACACUUUUCUUAUUGAUGUACUGGAAGCUGUUGGUCUCGUCAAGAUCGAUGUUCGGCGUCCAACGGAAACUGCAGUGUCAGCGACAGAAACUGAAGAAUCCAAAAAUUCUCAGGAUCUCGAAGCCGGGGAAAGCAGUUCAGUCAAGCAUAAUUCGUCCUAUGAUAAAGACCCAUUUCUAGUAGACUGGGAGGGCGAAAAUGACGUGGACAAUCCUUUGAAUUGGAAACGCAGUAAGAAGGCUUUGGUGGUAUUUGAAAUGAUGCUGCUCACGUGCACCACCUACAUGGGCGCAUCUAUCUACACUCCAGGUCAAGAAUUCAUCCAGCAGGAGUUCAACGUGGGCCACGUUGUUGGCACGCUGAACCUAUCUCUUUAUGUUCUGGGUUACGGUUUGGGCCCCAUUGUGUUCUCUCCGCUUUCAGAAGUCGCCAGCAUUGGACGUCAGCAAAUCUAUAUCAUAACCCUGUUUUUCUUCAUGAUCUUCCAAGUUGGCGCUGCCACAGUGCACAAUAUCGGUGGCUUGAUAGUUAUCAGGUUCAUUUCGGGCGUCCUCUGUUCCCCAUCUCUUGCCACAGGAGGCGGCACAAUGGGCGACAUUAUCAAGCCCGAAAUUGUGUCUGUUUUUAUCGGGCUGUGGGCCAUUGGGGCCGUUGCUGCUCCAGUCAUUGCUCCAUUGCUAGGCGCCUCAAUGACCGUUGCAAAAGACUGGCGUUACAUCUUCUGGCUAUUGAUGUGGAUCAGUGCGUUCACGCUGAUACUGCUCAUAUUUCUUUUCCCCGAAACCCAGCAUCAGAACAUUCUGCAUAGAAGAGCCAGGCGUUUGCGAAAGCAAACAGGCGAUAAUCGCUAUUACACCAAGCAAGAACGUGCUGAUGCAGAAAUUGAAGUAUCCGCUUUUUUGAAAGAGGUCUUUGUGCGUCCCUUUCUGAUCAUGGCUUUGGAGCCUGCAGUGCUGGCGUUUGACAUUUACAUUGCGCUGUGUUACGGUGCGUUCUAUCUCUUCUUUGAAGCGUUUCCAAUUGUUUUCAUCGGUGUCUAUAACUUCACACUCGUGGAAAUGGGUCUAGCAUAUUUGGGUUUCUGCGUUGGAUGUUUGAUAGCAUACGCUGCUCUACUGGUAUACCUUGCCAAAUACAUUGGGCCAAAGUUCCAGAAGGGUACGUUUACACCUGAGGACUUUUUACCGCUUUCCAUGGCGGUGUGUUGGGCACUACCAUUAUCACUUUUUUUAUUUGGAUGGACAGCACGAGUUCAUUGGAUACUACCCAUCAUCUCAGAGAUCUUCUUUGUUUUGAAUGUCUUCAACCUCUUUCAAUCGGCGUUUGCCUAUCUGGCGAUAUGCUACCCCCGCUACAUUGCGUCAGUGUUCGCCAGUAAUGGAUUCUGCCGUUCUGUAUUUGCUUGUGCUUUCCCACUCUUUGGCCAAGCAAUGUACAACAAUCUGGGCAGCGAAAAGUACCCUGUUGGAUGGGGUUCUUCUUUAAUAGGCUUCUUCUCUAUCGGUCUGGCCAUUAUUCCAUUCGUGUUUUACAAAUAUGGUCCACAAAUGAGAGGAAGAUCCCGCUAUGCAAACUAG